UACUGGCUCCUCCCCUUCAGUCUUGCACAGGUGUACUGGCUCCUCCCCUUCAGUCUUGCAUUGUACCUCUGAUGUCACUGCACACUGGGAGCUUCUCACAAUGUGCAUUAGAAACUGCAGCCAGUCAGAUAGAGCUCCGCCUCAUUUCCUGGCUGGAGGAUGUCCAGCAUCAUCUAGUUUUUUCCUCCAUGCCCCACCCCUUCAAUGAAUUCAGUUCUUCCAAUCAUGGAGGCUCAGAAUUCAAAGUAUUGUUACCUAUGGUGGUCUACAUGCAAAUACAGCCUGCC